GAAAGCUGGAAGUUAAGUUGUGUUGAAUGUGUUCACGUUCAGCAUAGAAAACUAAGAGGAAAACGUUACCUGUGGGAAGACUUUGCUAACAUUGUGCUUAGAAAGGUAAUGCCAAGGCAGCAGUGCGGCUCAUACGGUAGUGAAUCGAAAAUGAGGACCGAUACAGCAGCAGCUACUGCCGGUAACCUCCGCGCAAAUACCGGCACCGAUUCUGCGGCCGAACAAUCGACAUCAGAUGCUAGUUGCUUCAUUGAUGUUGACACCUAUCGCAAAAUAAUGAAGAGUUUUAUGGACAUGAGGCGCUAUCGAACAGCAUUAUUCUGGGCGGAGAAAGUUACUGUCCUCAGUAACAACGAACCGAAAGAUGUAUACUGGCAAGCUCAGUGUAUGUUCCUGCUGCGGGAGUAUCACCGUGCGGCUUACAUUAUACGAAGCCGUGGGUUGGACAAGCAGAAUCUUCUCUGUCACUAUUUGGCUGUUGAAUGCCUAGCCGAGGCAAAGGAGUUUCAAGAAGCAUUAGAUGUGCUAAAUUCGGUGGAUUGUGAAAAGCUAGCAGUUAGUGUCUCUUCUGCAAGCGUAAGUUGCAAAGACGAUUCAGGUGCGGUUGAUGGACCAGUUUUUGAAGAGCCUAACAAAAGUGAUCUGCUAGGUUCAAUUUAUUUCUUGAAGGGAAAAAUCCUAGAAGCGAUGGAUAACCGAGUAUUAGCAAUGGAUUGUUACGUUCAAGCAUUGCACAAAUCUGUUUACUGUUCAGAAGCCCUGGACGCACUCGUUCAACAUGAAAUGCUGAUGGCUUGGGAAGAGAAAGAAUUGAUGCAACAUAUGCCAAUGGAACAGCAGUGUUCCGAACCAGAAAGGAAGAUUUUGAAGCGACUCUACGAAAGUAAGUUGAAAAAAUACUAUGAAUCGAUUGCUCCUCAAACAAACAUCGAGCAGACACCAGUUGGAACAAUGAGUUCUGAUUUGCUGCAUGAGCUGACAGAGAAGAUGAAAAACAGUAAAAACAUUGAAAGUAACAAAGCGGUAACUGCUUCCACACUGCCGAAGUGUUUCACAACUCCCUUGCCCAACAAAAUCAUGUCACCAGCGAAUAAAAUUCUAGACGAUUUGAAAAAUACACCUUCAUAUUUGAUACAAUCAUCUCUCUCAAAGGCGUCAUCCGUGUUUGGUUCUGGUGGCGGAGGUAGUACCAGCUGCAAGCAAGAUACUCCCUAUCGCAUCAACCGACCAGUCAGUAUGCAAAGUCCAUCGGCUAUCGCAAUCCAAAACUGCUUCGACCGUUUGGAAGGAUGUGUGGAUUUGGUUGUUUCGAAGGCGGAGAAAUUUUUCUACAACUGCGAUUAUAAGAAGUGCAUGAAAAUCAUAGAUGAAGUUCUCAAGCGAGACCCGUACCACAAGCGCAGUCUCACCGUGCAGAUUGGUUGCCUAAUGGAGAUGAAAGAUUUCAACAAACUAUUCUACGUGGCACACAAGCUAGUAGAUUUCUAUCCUGAGGAUGCUAUCUCCUGGUAUGCUGUCGGUUGCUACUACGAUUUGAUUGGCAAAAGUGAUCCCGCCCGCCGGUAUCUAUCGAAAGCGACCACUCUGGAUCGGCUGUAUGGUCCAGCCUGGCUGGCAUACGGGCAUUCAUUUGCUAAAGAGAACGAACAUGAUCAAGCCAUGGCGGCAUACUUCAAGGCUACCCAACUCAUGAGAGGGUGUCAUUUGCCGCUGCUGUACAUCGGAGUGGAAUGCGGACUGACAAAAAAUCUGGAAAUGGCAGAGAAAUUCUUCUACCAAGCCAUGUCCAUUGCUCCAUUGGAUGUUUACGUACUGCACGAACUCGGAGUGAUAAAAUUCGAAUAUAAACUGUACGAAAGCGCAGAGGAAGUUUUUCGAACCACGCUUGAUAUGGUGCAAAGCAUGGCCAAAGCUAAUCGAGAGCCGAUUUCGGUCCGAUGGGAGCCCUUGCUCAACAAUUUGGGCCACUGUUGUCGGAAGAAUCGCAAGUACGAGGAGGCAUUAGAGUUUCACCGGAGAGCUUUGUUUCUCAAACCGUUGAGUGCUGCCACUUACACGGCGAUAGGCUUUGUGCAAUCGCUAAUGGGAAAACUGGACGAAGCUGUCGAAUCAUUCCAUAAAAGCUUGUCGCUCAAAAGGGACGAUGUUUUUACGACAACAAUUUUGAAGUACGUGAUCGAAGAUUUGGCAGAGGAAGCACCGCUACCGUUCUAUGCUGGCGAAGGAGAAGAUAUCGAUCUAGACGCGAAGGAAGAGGACGACUCAGAAGCAAGAGAUGACGAUAUGGUUGAUGAAAGUAGUAGUAAAAUCGGCUCCGGAGGCGGUGAUGCUGGCGGACUCGUUGAUGGACCACCACCGCGAUUGAAGCUUAAGUUUGAUGAGUAUGACUCGAACGCAUCACCGGUGAGUGAUACUAGUGCAGAUGACAUGAGUUUGGACCUGUAGUGGGCAGGUAAGUUCGGAAAAUAGAAUGUUAUUGCGUAAAA